CACCAUCAUCCACACUCAUAAAUCGAAAUCAUCGUUUGUCUUCCUCCUGAAAAAGAAUAAUGGGGUUUUCUUCUUCGUUUUCUUGCAGUGUUAUGGGAGCCCUAAUAUUGGGUUGCCUUCUCCUUCAAGCAUCAAACUCUAAUGCUCAGUUGAGGCCUGAUUUCUACUUCGGAACAUGCCCGCGUGUUUUCGAUAUCAUUGGGAAUAUCAUCGUUGAUGAAUUGGCCUCCGAUCCUCGUAUUGCCGCUAGCCUCCUUCGCAUGCACUUCCAUGACUGUUUUGUUAAUGGUUGUGACGCAUCGAUCCUGCUCGACAAUUCCACAUCGUUCCGGACCGAGAAAGAUGCUGCUCCAAACGCAAAUUCGGUUAGAGGGUUUGAUGUGAUAGAUAGAAUGAAAGCCGAGAUCGAGAGAGCUUGCCCAAGAACAGUGUCUUGUGCAGAUGUUCUCACCAUUGCUUCUCAAAUAUCAGUGCUUUUGUCGGGAGGUCCAUGGUGGCCAGUUCCGUUGGGGAGGAGAGACAGCGUACAAGCUUUCUUUGAUCUGGCUAAUACGAAUCUUCCCUCUCCAUUCUCCACUCUUGCUCAACUCAAAGCAAGUUUUGCUGCCGUUGGCCUUAACCGCGCCUCGGAUCUAGUUGCUCUUUCUGGUGGUCACACGUUUGGAAGAGCACAAUGUCAAUUUGUGACACCUCGUCUCUACAACUUCAACAACACCAACAGACCAGACCCGAGUCUUAACCCAACUUACCUCGCCCAACUCCGUGCAUUGUGCCCUCAAAACGGAAACGGCACCGUUCUGGUCAACUUCGACCCCGUGACUCCUGAUUUUUUCGAUAGGCAGUACUACACCAAUCUACUUAAUGGGAGAGGUCUGAUUCAGAGUGAUCAAGUACUGUCCUCGACUCCAGGAGCAGACACGAUUCCACUUGUGCAACAAUACAGCAGCAACACGUUUGUCUUCUUCCGAGCAUUCGUUGAUGCAAUGAUCAGGAUGGGAAAUCUUGCCCCUUCGUCUGGAAAUACCGAGAUAAGACUAAAUUGUAGGGUUGUGAAUUCGAGAAGAAUUAGGAGUGUGGACAAUGAGGAUGAUGGUGUUGUGAGUUCCAUUUGAUUAUGUCGAGGAUAUCAUAUGGAUAUAUCAUAUAUGUAAGAAAGUAUAAAAUGCGUGUGGAACAGUAUAUGUAUCUCGACUAAAUAAAUGUUCUCACGAGUUAUGAUAUA